GAGAACUUCUGUAUUCUGGAUGAGCAGAGGUUUGCCAAGGAGCUACUCCCCAAGUACUUCAAACACAACAAUAUCUCCAGCUUCAUACGACAGCUUAACAUGUAUGGUUUCAGGAAGGUGAUUGCUCUGGAGAACGGUAUGAUUACAGCAGAGAAAAGCUCCGUCAUUGAGUUCCAGCACCCUUUCUUCAAACAAGGGAAGGCACAUUUGCUGGAAAACAUCAAGCGCAAGGUAUCUGCAGUAAGAACUGAGGAUCUCAAGGUCUGUACGGAGGAUCUGCACAAAGUACUCUCCGAAGUCCAGGAAAUGAGAGAGCAGCAGAACAACAUGGAUAUCAGACUAGCUAACAUGAAGAGAGAAAAUAAGGCCCUGUGGAAAGAAGUGGCAGUUCUAAGGCAGAAGCACAGUCAACAACAGAAGCUGCUGUCUAAGAUUCUUCAAUUUAUACUAAGUUUGAUGCGAGGAAAUUAUAUUGUUGGGGUCAAAAGGAAAAGGUCUCUAACAGAUGCUGCAGGUGCUUCACCUUCCAAAUACAGUCGUCAGUAUGUUCGCAUACCUGUGGAGAGUGUGGCUUUUUCUGAACAUAAUGCAGAUGAUGAGGAUGGCAAUGGUACAGGUCUCAUCAUUCGAGAUAUCACUGAUACCCUGGAAAAUGCCACCGAUGGUCUCCUUGCUGUGGCACACACAAGUGGCAGAGCCGGAGAGACACAGGCAGCUCUGGAUCCUGGCUUACCUAUUUGUCAAGUAUCACAGCCAAAUGAGUUAAACUGUGCAGAACCUAUCCCACCAGUUCAUAUAAAUGAUGCCAACAAAUCUAGUGAAAUAGAAAAUGUUGCUGUGGAACUUCAUACUGCACAACCUAGUGCUCCAGAAGACCCUGUGUCAGUGAUUGACUCCAUCUUGAAUGAGAACAACACUGGAAACCAAAAUGAUCCUUUACUGGACAGAGAGGAAAUUCAGGAUUUUCUUAAUUGCAUUGAUGCCAGCCUUGAAGAGCUUCAAGCAAUGUUAUCUGGGAAGCAGUAUAACUUUGGUUCUGAAGCUUUCAGCGAUACAUUUAACCCUGAGCUGCCAGCCUUGGAUAUGAGCUUGAUGGAAACUUCCCCUGGUAUGGAAAAUAUUGCAAGCUUGGCAGAGAGCACUGAAGAUCUGGGAGCAAGUGAGAGAGAAACAGCGGGAAGCAAAGAUAUGCAGCUGAUACAGUACAGAGCCAAUCCUCUGCUUUCAUUAUUUGAAGAAUUACCUUCAAGUGAAGCUGCAGGGAAGAUAGAGGAUCCGAAAGACCUUUUGUUGCCCCCACUGGAGGAGAAACCUGCUCUUCAUCCUCCCUCAGGCAGUGAAACUGUCUUGCCUCUAGCAGCUCCAGCAAACCAGGCUGAGCCUCUGGAUGCUCUGGGAAUGGGUGAUCCACCUCUCCUCUCAGAAGAUGGGAAUGGAGAGUAUAAACUGUUUCCACUCUUGCUCCUCAGUCCUGUUGCUAACUUCAUAGAAGAGGCCUCUGAGAUAGAAACUUCCUGA